CAUGGGAAACACAACUUCUAAUCAUCCUCAAAUUACACAAGUCUUUAUAGAAUAUCCAUUUUAACAUAAAAAUUGUCUUAUUGCCUCUCAAUCUUCAUCUAGAAAAAUAUUAAAAGCUGCUUCUAAAAGAAAUGAAUUACCACAUAGAAUAAAUAGACGAUUUGCACCCAAUAUACUUAAGUCUUUAGAAUUUAAAAGUUAGGGUAAUCAUUAUAUAAAAAUGAAACAAUAUAAAAAAGCUAUUGAAUCAUACACAUAAGCUAUUGUAAGUUCAACCUUAUAACUAGAAUCUCUAUGAUCAUGAUUCUAUCUAUUUUUCUAAUCGUUCUGUUGCUAAUAAACUUCUUAAUAGAUUUUAAGAAGCUAAAUAAGAUGCUUAACAAGCCCUUAAAAUUGAUUAAUUUAACUCUAGAGCACAUUUUCUUUAUGGUACUCUUAUUUUAAUAGAAGUACAAAUGUUUCCAGAUAUUAGUGAUUCACUUAUCAAGUAAGCUUAAUUAGGAAUCAAAGAACUUGAAUACGGUAAUAAAAUCUAUAUAUUUAUAGCAUCCGAAUAGAUUUAAUUAAAUUAAAAUCAAUAACAAAAUAAAUUAAAAGUUUUGAUCAAUUAAAAUCUAGCUAAAGGAAAACGAAUGAUUUAUUUAAUAAGAUAAGAAAUAGACAAAAAAAGUAUACUUAUUAUUCAUUUCCUAUAGAUGUCCAAUUUCUUAAAUAAACUUUAAAGGAUAUUGCAAAUAGAUAACAUCAUCGAUUAGAUUGGAAUUAAAUUGAAUAAAAUAUACAAAAGAAAACUGAUAUCAUUUUGCCAGAAUAUUUUGUUUGUCCAAUAACAUAUGAAAUUAUGUAUGAACCUAUACUUCUUAAUUCUGGUUUAACAUAUGAUAAAAAUAGUAUUCAAAAAUAAUUUAAAUAAAAUGGUUAUUUUGAUCCUAUAACAAGAGAAAGUAUCGAUCCUUUGGGAUUGAUUUAAAAUAUAUAACUUUAAUAAGGAAUUCAAGAAAUUUAAUCAUAAUAUGGAUGGGUAGGGAUAGAAAAUGAGAAUGAUUACAAGGCAAUUAAAUUUGAAUGA